AUGGCGUCCGUCUAUUUUGAUGGGGAGAUUUGUUUACUUGAAGCAAUCAUUAAAGUCGACAAAGAGUUAUCAAGAUUGCGAGUACCUAAUAGAAAAGAUGAAAUUUUGAAGCUGUCAGCCUGCGUCUACCACUUCGAGGCGCAGAAAGACGAAAAAGUCAAGAUAACGCUAACGCAAUUAGUAUUUAAAAAGCGUCAGUGUCAGACUCGCGUUAAUCCGAACACCGAUCGCCUCCAUUGCUAUGGAAAUACUUCCGCAACGGUUCGAUUCUUUGAAGUGCCUUGGGAUGACGUACCGGCUGUUCCGCGAGAUUGUCUCUGCUCGGGGAGUGACGGGGCUAAUCUCCCCUUCACUUACAUUUCGACGUCGAAUGUGCUAGAAGUCAGAUUCGACGUGACCGGAAUGAAUUCAUCCGACGAUUUCAGCACGUUAUUUUUUGAGGGCACGUGGCAAUUUAUUCGAACCCCAAUAUGCUCGCGUAACCUGCGAAGACAAGGGCCGAGCGGUGAGAUUAUUUUCCGUUAUCCGAGCGAGUCGCCGGAUGAGCUCAACUGCGAAAAUUACCCGCGCGUCAUAAUUCCGGGACCAAAAAAGUUUCUCUACGUAAAAAUAAGCGGAGUUAUCAUGAAGCAUUCGAGCAAAUUGGGGAACGAAACGAGCGUAACGUCGACUCGUUGCGGAACAUCGAACCGGAUCACGGUACAUACGGCCCUAUACUCUGCGGUGAUCUGCCCCUACAUUAUGUCGUCACGCCGACAUAACUUGGUGGAGGUCUUUUCCGAAGGAUGGCAAACCGAUAGCGUUAAUGGACCGAGACCGUUGCCGGUCGAUAAAGUCGAAAUCGACUAUUUGGGAAACGAGCUUUCCAAGACCAUCGCCGUUGAGUUUCUGGGAAAGGAAUCCGGCUCGUACGCGGUCUCCUGGCUGGAACUAGCGCGAAGGAGGAUAGUGCCGCCGAACGGUUUGGGGCUUUUAUGGGUGAAGGCGGACGAGUGCCAGUAUCGAUGCCCCGAGUUAGACGCGUGCAUCAACGCCAGCGUGUGGUGCAACGGCGUGGAAGACUGCCCAUCAGGAAUCGACGAGGCACUUACUCAUUGUUCACUUCUGUUUCAGUUGCCUCCGCUCUACUUAUUUUUAGUAGCGCUGGCGAUUUUGCUUUCGGCCGUUGCAACGUGCGCGAUCGCCUGGAAGAGAUGCAGAAGACGGCCGCGCUCCUUUUUGCAGACGCGACUGAAAAGUUUGUCCUCGGAUACGGCGAUUAUUGACGAAAAGGGUGUGAUUUGCUGACACAGUGACAAUUCUGUUCGAUACGUUGAGGUUGAUAGGGUGACGACAGUGUGACGUUUCCUAACGCUCUCCUUUAACGUACCGAUCAGAAUUGGACACUUAGGAUUUUAUACCAUUUUAUAUGGGAGGACCAAAAUUUUAAACGUUUAAGGUUUUAGAUUUAUAUUUGUUAUAGAGAGGUACCUGUUUAGAGUCUAUGCUGUUUUGUUCAAGGCAGGGACAGUUCUGGCCCAAAACAAAGGUUGUUAUUGCUUACAAUAGAGAAUUUCGUUCUUAGAAAUCUUCCCAAUAACGGGUAUUAUCUAUAUUUUUUAUAAAGCUCAAAGCACGCGCAGCUACAACGACUACAGCAGGUUUACUCCAACAACAAAAUGGCUGUAAGGGUUUUGGCUUCGGACUGAGAUGUAUAGACAUAUUAAGGAAGAUUAAAGAGCGAACAUUUAUAUUCUUACUAACGUAGACCGUAGCUUUUCGGACGCAUAUCAUUUAAACUAAAAUGAGCAUGCAAUAAAAAUGACAACACUGCCAGCACCAGCGGCGUUCAUAUAGACCCAACAAUUUCGAUCGGCUUUAACUACAGCGGCCGACUUCAUGUGAUCACUUUAGGGUAUUAGGAUAUUAGUUUGACAAUCUUAAGGGAAAAAACUUGGGCAUACCUUUCAUAUCAUGCCGAAACUUUCAGAAUAAUUUCUCUGAUAUUUUUGUGAAAAAAGUUCCUUUCGUUUAAAGAAAACAGCGUUUGAUAUAGUUGUAAAAAAACCGCGAUUGCGGAUAGCAUUGUAAGGUCAGGUGAAGCUGACAAUAAAUUUUAGAUAAUGAUUAGAGUUAAAGUAUUCCUAUCUAUUAAUAAUGCGAAUUUUGUUAACGUAAGAGAAAUAGUAAAAAAUUUAUAUACAAAAACUGUAUCUUAAUCGUUAAAUAGCGAAUAAAUCUUUUGCAAAA